UUGCACCAUCCCGGUCUGGGGAGUCGCCACUGCGGCAGGUGUGGGGUUUAUCAUGCUGGUUCUGAUCCUGGUGCUGUCCAUCUGCCUGUGCCGGGCCAGGAGACGAGUAAAGAAGCUGGUGGCUUGGAAGGGCGGCACAGAGCCGGAGGACCCCGACGUACAUUACGCCUCCCUGCAGAAUUUGGCCUCAGCGCAGGUCGGGGAGCAGCAGCUGGAGCCCCCCGACCCCCAGCACACAGACUAUGCCACCGUGGCCGAAGUGAAGGGCCUGGGCGAGGAGGGUGGGGAAGGGGAGGGCCAGCCAGAUGGGGGUGCGGACUCCGGGGAGCUCGUGCAGGAUCCCCAGGAAGGGGUGGCCGCCUGCUGAGCCGUAUUGGAGGGCGCGGGGAAAGGGGGAGCAGGAGGGGGGUCCCUGAUAAUGGAGGUGGGGCGAAGGUACCUGGUCACCAAUAAUCAUCACACACCGAGAUCACAGAUACUCCAGGACUGGUUCUUAUGGUGGGUCUGGGCAGCGUCCGGUGCAGUGGGGGGAUCUGUGUCUGUAUUGAGGGGCAGGGGAGGGGAUUAUGGGGCUGGGAUCAGG